AUGAGUAGCAAUUAUUCAAUACAACAUGGUGAUAUAAAAAAAACUAAAUUACUUCUGAUUGGAAAAACAGGUGAUGGUAAAAGUUCACUUGGUAAUUUUAUUCUGAAAGACAAUAAAUUUGAAACAAGUGAUGCUGCUAAAUCAGUAACACAAGAAACAAGAGGGUGUUAUGGAGAAGGUGAUAGAAGUGAUAUAUUUGUAAUUGACACACCUGGUUUUGAUGAUUCUAAUGGUGGUAUAAAUAAAGACAGACAACAUAUGAGUGAAAUGGUGAAUUAUAUUAAAGAACAAGAAGGAUUACAAGCUAUUGUUAUUGUUUUAAAUAUUACUAAUACUAAAUUAUCAGAUAGUAUUAAAACAAUGAUAAAAAUGAUAUGUAAAAUAUUUCCAAGAUCCAAUUUUUGGGAACAUGUAUGUAUUGUAUGGACUAAAUGUUCAUGUGACACGCCAGAAAAGAAACUAGUAAGACAAAUAGAAUCAAAGAAAGAGAAGUUUCUUCCAGCAUUUAUAAAAUUAGCUAAAGAAACAACAGGAGAAGAAAUAGUUAAAAUACCAAUGUUUUUUGUAGAUUCAUGUCCAUGUAAAGGAAUGGAUAAUAGUAGGUCCGAAGAAGAAAUUGAAAUGCUUUUAACGUGGGCAAGCAGUUUACCUUCUCUUAAUGUUGAGAGAAUUGUCAAAAAUGAAAAAGUUAUUAUUGAAGAGAAGGAAUAUACAAAAGUUGUUGAAGUAAAAAAUGGAUUUGUAAAGUUAAAAACUGAGUACAUGAGAAGAGAGAAAAGAAUAGGAUAUGAUGGCAGUGUUACAUAUAGUGAGUGGGAAUUAAUAAAAAUAAAAUACAAAAUCAAACCAAUUCCAAAACAUUAA